GAUCUUAUUUGAGCGGGAGGAAGUGAUCCUUGUGGCUCCUCAUUGGCCCCGGAGACCCUGGUUUGCCGACCUCGUGUCCCUCUCGGUGGCCCCAUCAUGGCACAUUCCCCUCGAGGACGACACCCUCUCGCAGGGUGCUCUGAAUCACCCGGACCUGUCCUGGCUCAAUCUGACCGCUUGGUGGUUGAGUGGAGCACGUUGAGGGUGGCCAACAUUCCAGCGGAUGUUAUUCGAACAUUGCAGGCCUCCCGCCGUUCCUCUAUGGACCGUAUUUACUCUGCUACCUGGUGGGCCUUCUGCUCCUGGUGUGGCCAGAACGGUAUACACUCUCUCCAACCGUCCAUUGUGAACAUUUUGGUUUUUUUGCAGGAGGGCCUAUCCCACAGUCUCUCGCCUAACACCUUACGGCGGCAGGUGGCCGCUUUGUCCUCUGUCCUUACCUGUGGUUCCUUGUUGUCCUUGGCCCAGCAUCCUCUGAUCCGCCAUUUCCUCCGGGGCGCCACGAACCUCUGUCCUCCCAUGCUGCAUAGAUACCCUACCUGGGAUCUUCCGCUGGUGUUGAAGUCGCUGAUGGGCCCUCCAUACGAGCUGUUACGAACCACUAGUCUCCGGCUUCUCUCCUGUAAGGUUGCGUUCUUGGUGGCCAUAACUUCUGCCCGCCGCAUCUCAGAGAUUGCAGCCUUGUUGACCCGUUCUGACCUUCGUGUAUUUCACUCGGAUCGCGUUGUCCUAUGCUUGGACCCGACCUUUCUGCCAAAUUCUGUUUUUCACCGUUCACAGGAGCUUAUACUACCUAAUUUCUGCCCCCGACCUUCUUACCCAAGGGAGAGACGUUGGCAUUCUUUGGAUGUCACACGGGUGUUAGGGAUUUACCUAAAGAGGACUACUCCCUUCCGCUGUUCGGAAUCGCUGUUCGUCUCCUUCUUGCCUGUCUCCCAAGGUGGUAAAGUUUCAUCUUCUACCAUUGGGCGCUGGAUUCGACAGACCAUCGCCUCGGCCUACGACCUUCUGGCACUUCCGCGUCCUUCACGACUUACUGCUCAUUCCACCUGCAGCGCGGCUAUGAUGGCAGCGUGGGUGACCCAGGCUCCUUUGUUUGAGAUCUGUAGAGCUGCCACUUGGACUUUGCCUGUCCUGUUCAUAAGGCACUAUAAAUUGGAUCAGUUUGCGUCGGUAGAGGCCACGUUUGGACGGCGGAUCCUUCAGAGGGUCGUUGCUGGGGAAGAUGUCUCUGACCAGCCUGUUCCCCCCCGAAUUCAGGACAGUGAACUUGGGUUCCUGUCCAUGUUGGAGGAAGAGGUAUACAGUCAAAAUUCUCCUAUCUGGGAUCCAGAUUUCAUAACUUCCACUUCUCGAAGCAGCCAACUAGGCAUCCAAACAGUCAUUAACCAUCCGCCUAUGGUGAGAUCUGUUUCAUAUAGUUCAAGUCCCUCAUCUUUGGAACAACCCAGUGGAGGAACUAUGAGUCCUGCUUCCAAAUCUGCUUCUGGCCAGGACCAAAACCUAGGAGAAAAAAGAAAAAAUAAUGAAGGUUAUUCUGCGGAGAAUGCUAAGAAGCCACGGGUUAUAGGUGAUAUUCCUUUUGAACUGAUCAACGAAGUGAUGUCAACUAUUACAGAUCCAACAGCAAUGCUUGGUCCAGAGCAGACUAAUUUUCUGUCUGCACACUCAGCCCGGGAUGAAGCUGCAAGAUUGGAAGAGCGUAGGGGAGUGAUUGAAUUUCAUGUGAUUGGAAAUUCCUUAAAUCAAAAACCAAAUAAAAAGAUUAUGAUGUGGCUGGUUGGUUUACAAAAUGUAUUCUCACAUCAGCUACCCAGAAUGCCAAAAGAGUAUAUUACUCGUCUAGUCUUUGAUCCGAAACACAAGACCCUUGCAUUAAUAAAGGAUGGCCGUGUGAUUGGUGGUAUCUGUUUCCGGAUGUUCCCAUCUCAAGGAUUUACAGAAAUAGUUUUCUGUGCUGUGACUUCUAAUGAACAAGUCAAGGGUUAUGGAACACACUUAAUGAAUCAUCUGAAAGAAUAUCACAUUAAGCAUAAUAUUCUCAAUUUCCUUACGUAUGCUGAUGAAUAUGCAAUUGGCUAUUUCAAGAAACAAGGCUUUUCAAAAGAUAUUAAAGUACCAAAAGCAAAAUAUGUAGGCUUUAUCAAGGACUACGAAGGAGCAACUUUAAUGGGAUGUGAAUUGAAUCCAAGAAUCCCAUACACUGAAUUUUCAGUCAUCAUUAAGAAACAAAAAGAGAUCAUUAAAAAAUUAAUUGAAAGGAAGCAAGCACAGAUUCAGAAAGUUUAUCCUGGCCUUUCUUGUUUCAAAGAUGGAGUACGACAGAUUCCAAUAGAAAGUAUUCCUGGAAUUAGAGAGACUGGCUGGAAACCAAGUAACAAAGAGAAGGGUAAAGAAACCAAAGAUCUGGAUCAACUUUACAGCACGUUAAAAAACAUUCUACAACAGGUCAAGAGCCACCAAAGUGCUUGGCCUUUCAUGGAACCAGUGAAGAGAACAGAGGCUCCUGGAUAUUAUGAAGUUAUAAGAUUUCCUAUGGAUCUGAAAACUAUGAGUGAACGACUGAAGAACAGAUACUACGUAUCUAAGAAAUUAUUCAUGGCAGAUAUGCAGCGAGUGUUUACUAACUGCAGAGAGUACAACCCACCUGAAAGUGAAUAUUACAAAUGUGCCAAUAUACUGGAGAAAUUCUUCUACACAAAAAUUAAAGAAGCUGGAUUAAUUGACAAAUAAUUUUUUUCUCAUACAAUUAAGAUGCCUAAUGUAACAGCAAAAUAUGCAGUUCUUUCACUAGAUUUGAAACUUGUUUAUAAAAUAAAACUUUCUUAACUAGCACUUUUAAACAUGUAUUAUAGAAGAGUUUAUUUUAUUAAAGUAUUUUUAAAUGUACACUUGCAUGCCCUUUUGCGGUGUAUUCAAUUUUUAUUAGAUGUAUUGCACAAACUUUUUGGAGAUUUGGAAAGGGUAAAUUUCCAAGCAGUGAAUGUUUAAGCUUAAUGUAUCAGAUUGAAAAAUGGAUUAUUUUUACAGCAAAGAUGUUAAUGAAAGGGGAAAUGAAUUAUAUAUUAUGAAUUAUAUAUAAUAUAUAAUGCUAAUACAUAUACAAUGAAUAUAUUUUAUUUUCACACACACACACAUACAUAGACACACACACACAGAAAUAAAACAUUCACUAAGAGAAGGUGCUUAAGAUAUAAGAAAGGAAUUCCAUUAGGUGGAAGUUUAAUUUCUUCUGUGAAUUUGGUUCUUAGAAUGAAGGCAAAUACACAUGUCCCAGGAUGUUGCAGGAUGCAAUCUGGGGCAGUCACUGGGACCAGAGGGUUUUUUUUUUUUGCUUUUAAUUUAUAUGCCGCCCUUCUCUGGAGACUCAGGGUGGCUUACAAUGUGUUAAGCAAUUUAGUCUUAGACUUGUGCUGGACCCAUUUUCAGGGCUGAGGAUGGGUUUUUGAGGAUGGGUUCCAGCACAAGUCUGAAAGCUCAGAAGACUAGUCCAGAUUGGAUCUUGGUUCCUUAUAUUUACAUUUCAAGGAAAAUGUAGCAUCAUUUUCACUUAGGUCAAGUUCUGAAAAGAACAUCAGACUUUGUGUUAAACUCCUAACUUUUGCUUAAUCUUUUAGUAGAUUUAGAAAAGUACUAUUUCUACUAUUGAACCCAAUCUAGCAAUAGCUUUGUCUUUACACAUUAGUAUGAAUCUUUAUGCAUGAAAGCCAUUUUGCAAAAAAUACAUUAGGUGCUGUAAUGAGUUGGUGGAAUGGACAAUAAUUUGAAUAGCCCCGAGUAUAGUAUAUGUUAAUAAAUGCAUACAACUAAAGCAUACCUCCCUGAAGAAUGUGUACUUAACUAAACAAUAAGGUCAGUAAUAUCUGAUUGAUAAGAAACCAUAUUUAAUUUUAGUGCAGAUGAGAAUAUCUCCCACUUAACUGUAACAGAGGCUGAUGUGCAUAGUUUUUCCAUAGCUAUCUGCAUUGUAGAGUUAUACGAAACAUACUGAAAUCUGAAAGCACAACUAACAAGAUUGAUAGAUUUUAGUGGCUAGUUCAGAAUUUGACUGCAUCCAGCCCAAUGCCACAUAGCAUACAAUUUGGUUUGUGUCUUGCCAUAGAUAAAAUAAUUUUAUAAAAGCAGCUUUGAGUAGAUUUUUAUCCCACUGUUAACUUCUACUUGGACUAAUACCAGUUUUUUUAAAUUAGGAACUUGAAUUUUAUUAUUAAUUCCAUAUAUAUUUGAGCUACUUCUUACAUUAUACAUAAGAAAUAAACUUCAUUUGAUAUCAUUAGUUAUUAGGGAAGCCAUACUCAUUAACCACUCAGUUCUACAAUGUAUCUCAACACUGGAGGGGAAAGUAAGAUACCCCUAGUAUGUGUGUGUGUGUGUACACACACAUGUACACACAAAGACACUGUUAAUGCUGAAAUAUUUCACUAGUAAACUUGUAGAAAGUAACAAACGACAUUACAAAGGAGCUUUUUUGGCACAAUGCCUGUAGUAAUGUUUUAUUCUGAUUAGAUGAACAUUGCUAGAAGGAAAUGGUACAUAAUAGACAAAAUAGUAAUAUAGAAAUGCCUUAGCGCUUUAUAUAAACCAGAAUGAGCUUUGUAUUUAAGGUACAAUGAUGCAACUUUGUUUUAGAAUAUUUAAAUAGUAAUUUUCAUGUAUUUUGUAAACUGGGCCAACAGUCACCUCUAAAGCUUGAUAUCCUGUGAAAGUGUUAUUUUCAAAGAUUCUUAUUGUCUUGAAAUUAGAGUCUCUUCUAUAUUGAGAACAUUUGGUUUCUAAUUUAAAGAUUAUUUUCAUAGAUAUUGUGCAAUAAAGUUAUACACAGUAUGUGUUUAAAUACUUUAACUGAAAUUUUACAUUUGUAAAAUUAUUUAUUGUACUGGUAUAAAAUGGUUUUAAAUUAUAUGUAUAACAUUGAUCUUGUGUGCUAUUUUGUAAUUUGCAUAUAAAAAUACCAGACAUACUCA